AAUCACACUUCUUCUUGUCCAUUUGUUCAAACCUCAAAACUUUUUUUUUUAUCGUUUUAAGUUAAAUAAAGAUUACAUUUUAAUCUAAUUUGUUGUUCUGGAGAUUCCUCCUUUCUUGGGAAAUGGAGAACCAACCUUUAAUCAGUCCUCAAUCACGUUACCCCCUCCACCCCAUCCCUGAAAACCCCUCCUCCUCCUUCUCCGCCGCCGCCGCCGCCGUCACAAUCCCUCACUCAACCUCAACCCCAUCUUUCUCCCAAGAAACCAUCCAACCACACCACCACGACCUCGAACAAUCCGAACCAGACCCAGACUCCUACUUCAACAACCCUCGUCCACUCCACCGAUGCCGCACGGCACCCGCCAUGGUCAUCAUCAAAGACCUCACACGCAACAAAUCCACCUCCUCAGAGCCCAAGAAGCCUUCCCCAAUCUCCAAAUCAAUCAUCAAACAAGCCAUCUUCCUCCUCCUCGUCUACCUAACCUUAGGCGUCUCAAUCUACUCCUUCAACAGAGACCACUACUCCGGCGUCGAGACGCACCCCGUCGUCGACGCGCUCUACUUCUGCAUCGUCACCAUGUGCACGAUCGGCUACGGAGACAUCGCCCCGUUGACUCCCUGGACCAAGAUCUUCGCCGUGGUCUUCGUCUUGUUCGGGUUCGGUUUCUUGGAUAUUUUGCUGAGCGGCGUCGUCAACUAUGUUCUUGAUCUCCAAGAGAGCAUGAUCCUCACCGGCAUCCAAAUGGGCUCCUCGAGAGGGAGUCAUAGAUUCUCUGCUAAAGACUAUAUCAUCGAUUUCGAGAAAGGGAGGAUGAGGAUAAGGAUGAAAGUGUUUUUAGCGCUCUGCGUCGUCGUUUUGUGUGUCGGAGUUGGCGCGCUGGUUUUGCAUUUCGUCGAGGGGCUUGAUUUAGUUGAUUCGGUAUACUUGUCGGUUAUGUCGGUCACCACGGUCGGGUACGGUGACAGGGCGUUUAAGACGCUCGAAGGGCGGCUUUUCGCCGCGGCGUGGCUGUUAGUGUCGACGCUCGCGGUGGCGCGUGCUUUUAUUUAUCUGGCGGAGGCGAGGAUCGAUCGAAGGCAUCGGAGGGCCGUGAAGUUCGCGUUGAAUAGAGAGAUUACAGUCGAGGAUUUGCUCGCUGCUGAUACUUAUCAGCACGGUUUCAUCAGUAAAUCAGAGUAUAUUGUGUUGAAGCUUAAGGAAAUGGGGAAGGUCAGUGAUAAAGACAUUAACCAAGUUGUGAAUCAGUUUGAUAAACUUGAUCCUAAUAACUUGGGGAAAAUCACAUUACCUGAUCUUUUGGGAGGUCCUUUGUGAUAUAAAACAUACUUUUUUUUCGUUCUUGUACAAUUAUAUUUUUCAUUUUUUUUUAAAGAACUGGACAUAUGUAGCAGCACUGAUUCAUACAAAGAGUUAUGUCUCAGUUCAAUAGAGAUGAUGUAAAUGUGUAAUCUUUUUAUGCUUUGCAUAAAACUGUGACAAUGUCAAUACUCAACAAAAUGGAUAAUCCUACACAUAUC